AUGUUACAAGAGAGUGCUAAAAUAAAACUCGCAAGUCGUCUAUUCGAUAGAGGAAAACCCCCUUAAAGUAAUACAAAUGAGAGACCCCUAACUACAAAGAUUGCAAUAAGAGCAUAGAUGAAUUAGACACUGUCAAAAAUUGAGAAAGUUCCUGACAAAUUGCCUGCAAUUCAUGAAGAAAGGAGUUUUUCUUAUUAGAAAACAGGGGCUGGAGGUCUAAAUUAGACAAGAGGGAAAUCAUAGAACAGUAAUAAUAAAAUAUUGAUUAGAUUCAAUUUAGAUAAUGAUUCAUUGCCAAAACACAAUAAAACUUUUGAUUUAACAAAUGAUAUAUUCUUAGAUGAGAGAAGAUUAUUAAAAUCUCGAUAAGUUCAUGAGUUAAUGGAUCGUAUGAUUGGAAGAGUGAAACCUCUAAGUCCACCAAAAGAAACUUAAAAGAUUAUUUAAGUGUUACCAAAUAAUAUUUUAGAUAAUACUCGAAUAUCUAUAAUUAAGGAUAAUAAGACAGGUCCUAGAAAGACUAUUAGAGCAUAAUAGAUGAGGAAAGAAAUUUUGAAUAAAACUAAUCUAUCUUAAGUUUCAGACAGUUCAGAUGAUUCAAAUGAUGAGAAUGGUAAUUUUGGAUUAAAAGAUGUUGAUGCCUUCAUUUAGAUGAUUAAAGAGCAUAAAUUAAGCUAAUAAGAAUUCAUGUAUUUAAUUAAAAGAAAAAAACAUUCUAAUGAUGCUUACAAUAUGAGGAUAGUCAAUUAUCCAUAUAUUCAAAAACAUUAAUUAAAUAAUUUUUAUACACUCUCAGCUAAGGGGUUGACCAGAUAUGAAAAUAAUAUUACAAUUGAAUUUGUAUCAUUAAAUACUUGGUUGGAAGAACGAGAUUAAUUUAAUGCAAUAAAAUCAUUAAGUUUUUUUAAAAAGUUUAGAAAAUGGAAAACAUUGAAAAAAUGGCAGAAAAUCUUACAUUAAUAAAGAACUUCAGUUGUUUAAGCUUAAUUAUGUGAGAAAAUGUUAAUUUUAAAUCCAAUUUAUUAAAAAUUAAUAGUUUCACAUAGAAGUUUAUGUUAUGAAAUUGAAGCACUUAGAAUUGUGGAUAUUGAGAAAAUAGAAGAAGAACUAACUGACAAAAAAGAUUCUUUUUUAAGUUUAUAGGAAUUUAGUUUGUUGUAAUAGAAAUAAAGGAAUAAAUUAGUAGAUAAAAUUUAAAUUUAAUCAAGAAAGAUGAAAGAAAAUUGUUUAUCAGGACUUAAAACUGUUAUAGAUAAGUUAAGAACACAAAUAAAUUAAGAGAAAUAAUCAGAUAAUGAGUAAGUUCCCAUAAAAAUAGAGAAAACAAUGUCUUAAUCUAGAUAGAUUGAUAAAAAAUAAUAAAUUAUAGAGACAUUUGGAUUUCCAGAAAGAAUGGAUUAUGGUCAUAGAGCAUUAAUGAGGACAGAAUUUAUUAAAUUUUUAAGAUUAGCUUAUUUGUUAGACUUUAUUGCUGUCUAAUCUUUAGGAUAGAUUUACAUAAAAUCUGCAACAGAAUUUGUAGAUAAACUAAUAAGAGUUCAAUAAUGUAGUAGAAAUAAUAGGAAACUACCAAAAUUGACAGAAAAUGAUGAUGAAAAGAAAGAUAUUCAAGAAUAUGAUCCAAUUUUUACUAUUGAAUUAAGAUUCAAUCCAAUAGAUGGUCAUCUUGAUAUUGAAAGAUAAUAAGUUGCUUGGGAAAAUUUGAAUGAUAAUUUAUUGAAUUUUGAUUUGUAAGAAUGUAUAAGAUUGAAAGAGGAAAUAGUACAGGUGAAUGAGUAAGUAGAGAAGAAAGCCUAAAAUACUCAAAAUUAACAGAAUUAAAAUCAAUUAUAGGAAUCAAAGGAAGAUUAUUAAGAGGAUAAUGAGAUUGUAUAUAAAAGGGAAGUUAAAAAUCUUUAUGAAACAUAAUUGGAAGUACGUCCAUCAAAGAGAGAAUUUCUUAGCAAAAUUUAGGAGGCAUUUUGUGAUGGAUUGGAUUAGAUUUAAGUAAUAGAGAGAUGGAGUAAACAUCCUGAUUUCUUAUAAUAUGUUUAAGCAUUAGAAGAAUGGGAUGAAAUAAUUGGAGAUAAAUGGACAUAGCCAGAUUCAAUCAAUUUGAAUCCUUCAUAUUGGAUUAAAGAACAUCCAAUGAAUAAUAUAUUCAUGCAUGAAAUUUCAUUAGAAUUGGAUUAAGCAUUUGAAAAAUUGGAAAACUUUUAAAAAGAAUUCAAUGAAUAUUUAAAUUUGAUUUGGAGAUAAGAGAAUAGUUAAUUAUAAUAGUUAGAAAAUCCAAGAUUGAUGUAUUAAUCGAAGAUAUUUGCAUGUACUAUGAAAAAUGCAUAAUUAAUUGAGAAUAUUCUUCAAUAAAAAUUGAUACCUUAAGUAGAUAUAGGUUUGUAUAGAGUAAAGAUAUAAAAUAUUUAAGAAUAAUUAAGUGCUCGACAAUAAUAAAUAUUCUAAUAAUUAGAGGAACUUUAUUUACAAUUAUUUAGAAAUAGAGCAUAGAUAUUAAAAACGUGGUUAUAGUAAUCAAAAAAAUCAUUAUCUAAUUCGGUAGAUCGGAUUGAAGAAUUUAUAGAAUAAAAGAACUCUGUUGAUCGAAUAACUAAAGAAUUGCCUUAAAAGAAAGAAGAAAUAGAAACAGCUAUCAGUAUGAUAACAUUAGCUCAAGAUUGUAAAUUAUAGUCUUUGAAGAAGGAGGAUAAGGAUUUAUCAUAAGAAUUAAAUAGUUUAGAGAUUUCUUUAAAUAAAGAAUUGUUAGAUGCAGACAACAAUACAGCCAAAAAUAUUGAGAGAUUUAAAAAGACAUUAAAAGAUCGUAUAGACAAAUUGAAAGGAUAAUGUAUAGACGUAAGUGAAGCAGUAAGUAAAGAUAAAUUUUUAACAUUAAAUACAGAUUUGGAAGAUGCUAUAAGGGAAUUAAAUGAAAUAGAUGCAAAGACAAAACAAUUAGAGAAGAGUGCUCAAUUAUAUACUUAAUAUGAAGAAAUCCUUUAAAUAUAAGAACAAGCUCAAUAUGAAGUUUUAGAGAAUACUAGAGAGUAAUUGAAUUUAAGAUUAGGAAUGUGGUAAGGAAUUUAGGAUUUCAGAAAAUUAUCAUAAGAAUGGUAAUAAUUAUAAUUUACUUCAAUAAAUGCAAAAGAAAUAGCAUAAAAAACAGAAGGAUUUGUAAGAAUAGUAUAAAGAUGUGAAAAGAAUUUAUAAGAAAAUAGAGUGAUAGCAUAUUUAAAGAAGAUAGUAUGGGAAUUCAAAGAUACUAUUCCAGUAGUUACGGCAUUACGUUCUCAAUAUUUAUAAUAGACACACUGGCAAGAAAUAAAAUAAUUAGUUAGAUAAGAAUUUGAUGUAAAUGAUUAAUAGUUUACAUUGAAUACAUUAUUGGAUAUGAAUGUAGCAUAACAUAAUGAGAUGAUUACAGAAAUUGCAGUUAAGGCAGCUUAAGAGGAUUCUCUUAAUAUAUAAUUAAAAACAUUAGAGACUUAAUGGAAUGAGGUAGAAUUGAAGUUAAAACCAUAUAAAGAUCAGUUGGAUGUAAUGGUUUUAGGAGAAGUUGAAGAAUUAAUUCAAUUAUUUGAUGAAGGACUAGCUAAUAUGUCAAAUAUAUUAGCUAGUAGAUAUGUUAGACCUUUAAGAUAGAGAGCUGAAAAAUUUUAGUCUGAUCUAUUACUAUUAUCGGAUAUUAUAGAAAAAUGGGUGGAAUGUUAAAAAAAGUGGAUGUAUUUAGAAAGCAUCUUUUGUAGUUAAGAUAUUAAGAAAUAAUUAUCAAAUGAAUCUUAAUUAUUUGAUAGUUGUGAUAGAUUGAUAAAGAAAUUAGUAAAGUAAGUUAAUUUAAGACCUUAAAUUAUGAGAUUGUUGGCAAUGUAAAAUAUGUUAGAUAAUCUCACUAAAACACUUGAAACUUUAGAAUAAAUAGAAAAAUCUUUAGAAGAUUAUUUAGAAGUAAAAAGAGGAUCAUUUCCUAGAUUCUAUUUCUUAUCUAAUGAUGAAUUAUUAGAGAUUCUUUCUAAAUAAACUGAUAUUAUAUCAGUCUAAUCUCACCUUGGAUAAUGUUUUGAGGCAUUAGUCAAAUUGUACUUUGGUGAUUAACCAAAUGUUAUAUAAGGAAUUUAUUCUCCAGAAGGUGAAUUAAUUUAAUAUUAUAAGUCUAUUCCUGCUAGAGGGAAUGUUGAAACUUGGUUACAUUUGUUAGAAUUGGAAAUGGUAGAAACUUUACGUAAAUUGUGUAAAUAAGGUUUAUAAGAUUAUUUGAAUGGAAUGCAAAAAACUAAAACUGAUUGGAUACUGAAUCACAGAUCACAAAUUGUUGCUGUCGUCAGUUAAAUCUUAUGGUCUAUUAAUACUGAAGAUGCUAUUAAUGAAUCUAGUGUUAAAGCUAAUGCUCUCUAUGAAUGGCAUGAUAUGAUGGAAAUGCAAUUGAAAUAACUCACAGCUUUAGUCAGAGGUGAUUUAACUGUUGUCUAAAGAAAAACUAUUGUGUCUUUAAUUACUACUGAUGUUCAUAAUAGAGACAUAGUUCUAAAAUUAGCUGAUAAUAGUGUUGAAACAACUUCUGAUUUUUAAUGGUAAUAACAAUUAAGAUAUUAUUGGGAUGAUGAAUUUGAUGAUUGCUUAGUUAAAUAAGUCUCUAGUCUCUUUCAUUAUGGAUAUGAGUAUUUAGGACCUACUAGUAGAUUAGUUAUCACUCCACUUACGGAUCGUUGUUGGAUUACAAUUACAUCUGCCUUAACUAAUUAAUUAGGAGCAGCUCCUGCAGGACCAGCUGGCACAGGAAAAACAGAAUCUACAAAAGAUUUAGCUAAGUGUUUAGGAAGAUAUUGUAUUGUUUUUAAUUGUUCAGAUCAAAUUACUGCUGCUACCAUGAACAAAUUGUUUAGUGGAUUAGCAUAAUAAGGUGCAUGGGCAUGUUUAGAUGAAUUCAAUAGAAUUGAUAUUGAAGUACUUUCCGUUAUUGCACAAUAAUUAUUGACUAUUCGUAUUGCAUAACUUUAAUAAUUAAAUGAAUUCCUUUUUGAUGGAAGGCAUAUCUCAUUGAAGAAUACUUAUGGAGUCUUUAUUACAAUGAAUCCAGGUUAUGCUGGAAGAACUGAAUUACCAGAUAAUUUAAAAUCACUAUUUAGACCUGUGGCUAUGAUGAUUCCAGAUUACAGAUUAAUUGCAGAAAUUAUGUUAUUUGCUGAAGGAUUUGAAAAUGCUAAUGAUUUAUCAAGCAAAAUGGUUUAGUUAUACAAAUUAUCAUCCUAACAGUUAUCAUAACAAGAUCAUUAUGAUUUCGGUAUGAGAGCAGUCAAAUCUUUGCUUGUUAUGGCUGGUUCAUUAAAAAGAGCAGAUACAACAAUUCCUGAAGAUAUUGUUCUAAUUAAGGCAAUGCGCGAUGCUAACAUUCCAAAAUUCCUCAAAGAUGAUAUUCCAUUAUUUAUGGCAUUAAUUUAAGAUCUAUUUCCAAAGGUUGAGAUAGCCAAUCAACCUUUUGAGUUUCUUGAAUAACAAUUGAACAAAAAAUGCAAAUAAUUUAAAUUGUAAAUAAUACCAGCUUUCACAACUAAAAUGUUACAAUUAUUUGAUACUUAGAAUGUAAGAUUUGGAACAAUGAUUGUAGGAGGUAGUGGAUCAGGCAAGACUAAUUGUUAUCAAAUAUUGGCUGAAACAAUUUGUGAAAUAAAAGUAUAGAAUUUAUCAUAGGAUCCAAGAUUCUAAGAGUUAUAAUAUGUGAUUUUGAAUCCAAAAUCAAUAUCGAUGGGAGAACUUUAUGGAGAAGUCGAUCCAUUUACAAAUGAAUGGCAAGAUGGUUUGGCAAGUUCUAUAAUUAGAGAAUGCAAUAAUAGUAAAGAGAGACAUUGGAUUGUUUUUGAUGGACCAGUAGAUGCUUUAUGGAUAGAGAAUAUGAAUUCAGUAUUAGAUGAUUCAAUGACUUUGUGUUUGGCUAAUUCAGAAAGAAUAAAAUUAAGACAUGAAUUGAGAAUGUUAUUUGAAGUUCAAGAUUUAUCAGUAGCAUCUCCAGCAACUGUUAGUAGAUGUGGAAUGGUUUAUAUGACAGUUGAAGAUAUAAAUUGGUACAAUUAUGUAGAGUGUUGGAUUGAAGAGACAUUUUCUGAUUAAGAAAAGGAUUAAAUUAAAUGUUGUAAUUAAUUGAAGGAAAAACCAAAGAAAUCACUAAAAAUAGAAUCAAAAUAUUUAGAUUUAAUUAGAAAUUUAUUUAAAAAUUAAUAUAAAUUUUUGGCAGAUAAACUCAAACAUUUUGAUGAACCAUUCAUUACAAUAGAAAUUUAGAGAGUAAAAAGUGUUUGUAACAUUUUCACAUACUUUUUGAAAUCCAUUCUAGUUUAGAAAUCUGCUGAUUUACCAAAAUAGAUUACAGCUGUAUUUGCGUAUAGUUGUAUUUGGGGUUUAUGUUCAUCAUUUGAAUAGAAAUAAUAUGAUAAGGUAUAAUAUUUUAUUAUAUUUCAAAAUCUUUAUUUUGCAGUGAAAUUAGCCCCCAUCUUUUUGAGUGUAUAAAUAGAUGGGAUAAGGUACCUGCAAACAUUAAAACCCAAGAGGUAAUUAAAUGAAGAGUUGCAAGUGUAAACUUUGUUUAAUUACUAUUGGGAAUAUUCUAAAAUCAUAUUCACAUAUAUAUAUAUAUAAUCUAUUCAAUUAAUUAUUAUUUUAGAUUGCCACAUACGUAAAAGAUCAAUUUCAGUCGUUGCUCUAUCCAAAAGGAGACACAAUAUUUGAUUUCUAUGUUGAUGCAAAUGAUUUCACAACAUUGCAAUCAUGGGAAUCUCAAUUAUAAGAAUUUUAAUUUGUAAAAGAUCAAUCAUUUUUCAGCAUAGUAGUUCAAACAGUUGAUACAUUGAAAUUUUAAUACAUUGUGCAAUUAUUAAUUAGAGAAUAAACACCUACAUUAAUUACAGGAUAAACAGGAGUUGGUAAAUCUAUGCUAGUGUAAUCAUUGCUUUUUGAAAUGAAAUUAAAUGAGAGUGUAUAACCUAUUUUAUUGAAUUUUUCAGCAUAGACAAAAUCUAAAUAAACACAAUUAGCUAUAGAAUCUAAAUUAAUUAAGAAAGGCAAAAUAUUAUUCGGAGCAAGAGUUAAUGAAUCAAUAGCAAUUUUUAUUGAUGAUAUUAAUAUGCCAGCAUUAGAGAAAUAUGGAGCUUAACCUUGUAUUGAACUUUUGAGAUAGAUGAUUGAAUUAUAAGGAACUUUUGAUCGUACAAAGUUAUUUUGGAAACAUAUUGAAGAUGUAACUGUAUUGAUUGCUGGUGGUCCUCCUGGAGGUGGAAGGAAUCACUUAUCAUAAAGAUUCGUAAGAUAGUUUAAUGUUUUAAAUAUGCCUAAUCAAUCAGAUUCUAUUUUAGAGAUGAUUUAUGGAUCAAUUUUAAAAGGCUACUUUAAUAGUAUAAACUUUAGCGAAAAUGUAAGAAAAACUAGUGAUUAAAUCACUAGAAUUACAGUUGAAUUAUUCAGAAAAAUAUCUUAAGAAUUAUUACCAAUCCCUGCUAAAUUUCAUUAUACAUUUAAUUCAAGAGAUAUCAGUAAAGUCUUUUAAGGUUUAUUGAUGAUAAGACCUAUUUCAUGUAAUAAUAAUAAUGAUGUAAUUGCUAAAUUAUGGGUGCAUGAAUGUGCAAGAGUCUUUUGUGAUCGUUUAAUUAGUGUUUAAGAUAAAUUAUGGUUCUAUAAUACAGCAGUUGAGUUAUUGAUGAGAUACUUUACAGUUAAUAAGGAUGAUAUAUCAAAUAUCAUAUUGUUUAGUGAUAUUCUAAAAUUAGAAGCUGCAAAUGUUUUAUAUGAAGAAGUUACAGAAAAAAGAAAAGUUAUAGUUAAAUCAUUAUAAGAUAAAUUAGAUGAUUAUAUCAUGGCGACUAAUGAUAAAAUGGAAUUAGUCUUUUUUGAUGAUGCUUUAGAACAUAUAUUAAGAAUAUCGAGAAUAUUUAGAUAACCAAGAGGUAAUGCAAUGCUUAUAGGUGUUGGUGGUUCAGGAAAACAGAGUCUAACUAAAUUGGCUUCUUUUCUUAUGAGAUCUGAGAUCUUUUAAAUUGAAAUCGUCAAAACAUAUAAUGUAGAUUCAUUUAGAGCAGAUUUAAUUAAAAUUUUAAUGAAAACUGGAGGAGAACGAAUUCCAUUAACAUUUAUAUUUAAUGAGGCUCAAAUAAUUUAAGAGAGUUUCUUAGAAGAUAUUAAUAAUAUUCUCAAUACUGGAGAAGUUCCAAAUUUAUUUUCUAAGAAAGAAGAUCUUGAAUAAGUUUAUAAUACUAUUAGACCUAUUGCACUUAAAGCUAAAAGAUUAGACUCUCCUGAAUCUUUAUGGAACUUUUUUGUUGAAGGUAUUAGAAAUUCUUUACAUAUUGUCCUUUGUAUGAGUCCAGUUGGUAAUUAAUUAAGAAUUCGAUGUCGUAAAUUCCCAUCUUUAGUUAAUUGUUGUACCAUUGAUUGGUUUACUUAAUGGCCUAAGGAGGCUUUACUAGAAGUUGCUAAUAAAUUCUUAGAAAAAAUACCUAAUCUCAAAUAAAAAGAUUAAUUGGCAUAAAUGUGCAUGGAAGUCAAUCUCUAAGUUGCAGAAUUGUGUGAUAAAUUUUCAAAAGAAUUGAGAAGGUAAGUUUAUACAACACCAAAAUCUUAUUUAGAUUAAAUAUAAUUAUAUGCUAAUUUAUUAAUUUAAAAAUAAUAAGAACAUGGAUUGAUAUAAAGGAAAUUAGCUGAUGGAUUAGAUAAAUUAUUUAAAGCUAAUGAGACUGUUGCUAUUUUAAAAAUAGAAAUGUAAGAAAUAUAACCAUAAUUAAUUGAAUAAUCUGUAAAGACUGAAUAAUUUUUGAAAUAAUUAGCUAUAGAUUAAAGUGAAGCCAAUCUUAAAGAAAGAUUAGUGAAUGAUGAAGCUUAAAUUGUCAAUUAAUAAGCAUCUGAAAUUAAAAUUAUAGCUGAUGAAGCUUAAACUGAAUUAAAUAAAGCUUUACCAGCACUUAAAGAAGCAGAAGAAGCUUUAUAAAAAAUUAAUAAAAAUGAUAUUGCUGAAAUUAAAGGAUUUAUCAAUCCACCUCCAGUUGUAUAAUUAGUAUUAGAAGCUGUUUGUAUAUUGUUGCAAGAGAAAACUGAUUGGAAUUCGGCAAAAUCUGUUAUGCUUAGUAAUGAUUUUAUGGAGAGAUUGAUUAAAUAUGAUAAAACCUAGAUUACUGAAUAAAUGUUGAAAAAAUUAAGAUUUAUUACAAUUAAACCUGAAUUUGAUCCAAUUUGUGUUGCUUAAAAAAGUUAAGCUUGUAAAAGUCUUUGUAUGUGGUGUAGAGCAAUAGAUAAUUAUUCAAAAAUUGCUAAAGAGGUAGAACCUAGAAAAAAGAAGGUUGCAGAUAUGCAAUAGAAAUUAGAAAUAAAAAAUAAAGAAUUAGCAAUAAAAUAGGAUGAAUUAUAGAAAGUGAGAGAUAGAGUUGCUAAAUUGUAAAAAGAAUGUGAUGAAACUGUAGAAAAGAAAAAUGAAUUAGAAAAAGAAUUAGAAAGAACUAAAAAGAGAUUAGUGGCAGCUGAAAAAUUAACAUAUUUAUUAGCUGAUGAAGGUAUAAGAUGGAAAGAUUAAAUUAAAUUGAUUGAAUAAGUUUUAUAGUAAAUUAUAGGAGAUGUUUUUUUGGCAGCUAGUACAGUCAGUUAUUUAGGUGCAUUUACAGGAUAAUAUAGAGAAUAAUUAAUAAAAAAUUCUAUUUUAAAAUUGAAAGAAUUAGAAAUUCCUUUUUCAGAUAACUAUUAAUUAUCCUCAACCCUUGAAAAUUAGAUAGUUAUAAGAGAUUGGGUGAUUUGUGGUUUACCAAAUGAUGCUAUUUCAAUAGAUAAUGGAGUAAUUGUUACAAGGGCUGAUCGUUGGCCUUUAAUGAUAGAUCCAUAAGGAUAAGCUAAUAAAUGGUUAAAAUAAUUUAAUAAAGAAUUGAAAGUUAUGAGAUUUACAGAAUAGCAUUUCUUAAAAGGAUUAUAAUAAUGUAUUAGUUCAGGAUAUGAAGUCUUAUUUGAAGAAGUCGAAGAAAAAUUAGAACCAUCUGUUGAUUCUGUUCUAUAAAAAUAAAUUAUUGAAAUUGAUGGACGUAGACUCAUUAAAGUUGGAGAUUAAAAAGUAGAUUAUCAUAACAAAUUUAAAUUGUAUUUUACUACAAAAAUAGCUAAUCCUAAUUAUUUACCAGAAGUAUUUAUUAAAACUACUGUGAUUAAUUUUAGUAUCACUUUUGAAGGAUUGUGUGAUUAAUUAUUAGGUGAUGUAAUGAAAUUUGAAAAACCUGAAAUUGAGAAAUAAAGAGAUGAAAUUAUUAUAAAGAUGAGUAAUGCUAAUAAAUAACUCAAAGGAGCUUAAGAUUCUAUUUUAGAUCUUUUAGCAAAUGCUUAAGGAAUGAUAUUAGAUAAUGAAUAAUUGAUUCAUACACUUGAAAUUUCUAAAUUUCAAUCUGCUGAUAUUCAAAAAUCUUUAGAAGAAACUAUUAUUGUAGAAUAAUAAAUUAAUGAAUCUAGGAAUCUAUAUCAUUCAGUUGCUCUAAGAGGAACAAUAUUAUAUUUUGUUAUUUCUGAUAUGAGCUUAAUUGAUCCAAUGUACUAAUAUUCUCUAUAAUAUUUCAAAAAACUUUAUAAUAUAUCACUUAAUCUCACUCCUAAGACCGAUUUAUUAAGCGAGAGAUUGCUUUAUUUAGAAGAAACAAUAACUCAAACAGUUUUCAAAGAUAUUUGUAGAGGUCUAUUCUAAUAACAUAGAAAGAUCUUCUCAUUCCUUAUUUGUGCUUAAGUUUAGAGAGAAAGUGGUUCAGUUUCAAAUGCAGCUUGGAAUUUAUUAUUAAGAGAUUAGAUACCAUCUACACCUAUUAUUAAUCCUGAUAAAAUAUUUAUGAAAGAUUCGUAAUGGAAUUUGAUUUUAUGUAUUUAAGAAUAGAUAACAGAAUUAACUGAUCUCUCAUCAGAUAUCAAAAACAACUUAUUAUAUUGGAAGGAAUUUGCUUAAAUAGAUGAUAUUUAUUAAGCAUCAUUUCCAACUUAAUCUCCACUUGCUGUUUGUUCAACCCUUAAUCCAUUCUAUAGAUUGUUAAUAAUUAAAGCAUUAAAGCCUGAAAAAAUUCUCUUUGGAUUAACAGAGUAUGUGAUAGAAUUAUUUGGAGAGUUCUAUAUCAACUUAGCUUCAUCUUCUAUGGAUGAAAUCUAUUAAUCAUCAGAAUCACAUACUCCUAUUAUAUUUAUUUUAUCUCCAGGUGCAGAUCCUACUUAAACUCUAUUUAAAUUAGCAAAAGAAUAAUAAAGUUAAAUUGAUGUAAUUUCUUUGGGAUAAGGAUAAGGAAAGAAAGCAGAAAAUUUAAUUUAAAAAGGAUAGAAAGAUGGAACUUGGGUUAUGCUUUAAAAUUGUCAUUUAGCAAGAUCUUGGAUGCCAUAGUUAGAAAAAAUAAUGGAAUCACUUACAUCACAUCAUAUUGAAGUUCAUAAUAAUUUUAGAAUCUUUUUAACUUCAAUGCCUGCAUCUUAUUUUCCUGUAAGUACUUUAUAGAAUGGUUUAAAACUCACAACAGAACCACCAAGAGGAUUAAAAUCAAAUUUAUUAAGAUCUUAUCAAGAAUUUCAGCAAGCAGAUAAUUAAUAAAAAUUAUUUAAAUAAUUAUUUUUCAGUAUAUCCUUUUUUCAUGCAAUUGUAUAAGAGAGAAGGAAGUUUGGUCCUUUAGGAUUCAAUAUUUCAUAUGAAUUUAAUGAUUCUGAUCUUGAUAUAAGUAUAUAGAUGAUGAAAAUGUUUAUUACAUAAGAAGAAGAAGUACCUUGGGAUGCUAUGUAAUUUAUGAUAGGAUAAAUAAAUUAUGGUGGUAGAGUUACUGAUGAUUAAGAUAGAAUAUGUUUAACAUCAAUAUUGAAAAAGUAUUUAGGGGAUCAUAUUGAAAAUAAUGUUAGAUUCUCAAAUAGUGGUGUUUAUUAUCUUCCAGAAAAUGAUUAUAUCAAUUACAUAUCUUAAUUACCAAAUUAGGAAGAUCCUGAAGUAUUUGGUAUGCAUGAAAAUGCUAAUAUUGUAUUUUAAACUCAAGAAAGUCAAAAAAUAUUGGAUAUUAUAUUAUCUAUAUAACCACGUGUAAGUAGUACUAGCACUUAAAAAUCACCUGAUAUGAUUGUAAUGGAAAAAACCAUAUACUUUUAAAGUAAUCUUCCAGAAAUUUUGGAUAAAAAUGCAUGCAAUUAAAGGCAUUAUUAAAUUACAGAAAAUGGUAGUGUUUAAUCUCUAUCAACAGUUUUAUUUUAAGAAAUAGAUAAAUUUAAUAGAUUAUUAGAAUUAAUUUAAUCUACUUUAAUUUAAUUAUAAUAAGCAAUAAAAGGUUUUGUGCUUAUAUCUUCUGAGUUGGAUGAAAUGUAUUUAGCUUUUCUUAAUAAUUCUAUCCCUCCUAAUUGGAUGAAAUAAUCAUAUUCUACAUUAAAACCACUUUCAAGUUGGUUUAAAGAUUUAAUUGCUCGCGUGAACUUCAUUCGAUCUUGGAUGGAAAAAGAUUUUAUUCCUGCUUAUUGGAUGUCAGGAUUAUUCUAUCCUUAAGGAUUUUUAACAGGUGUACUACAAACACAUUCCAGAAAAUAUAAGAUUCCAAUCAAUAAAUUAAAUUUUAAAUUUAAAGUAUUUGAUAUAGAACAAGAUAGAAUUAGAGAUGAAACCAAAGAUGGAGUAUAUGUCUAUGGUCUCUAUUUAGAAGGAGCACGUUGGGAUUAUUAACAUGAAACACUUAUAGAAUAAUAAGUGGGAUAAAUUUACUUCCCACUUGCAAUGAUGUAUUUCUAACCUAUGGAAGAAUAUUAGAUUGGUGAAGAAUUUUAUAAGUAAUAUUAUUUAUCUAUUCUUAUUAGUUGUCCUUGCUAUAAAACAUCCAACAGAACAGGAGUUCUCUCAACUACAGGACAAUCAACUAAUUUUAUUUUAUCUAUUGUAACAUAUUUAAUCUAAUUUCUAAGGAUUUAAUGACUAAAACUGAAAAACCUGAAUAUUGGACUUUAAGAGGAACAGCUAUUAUUUCUUAAUUAAAUGAUUGAUUAUUUGUUAUAAAUUAUAUAAACAAUUAUUAU